GUGAGACUGUACGGGGUGAGACUGUACGAGGUGAGACUGGACGGGGUGAGACUGUACGGGGUGAGACUGUACGGGGUGAGACUGGACGAGGUGAGACUGUACGAGGUGAGACUGGACGAGGUGAGACUGUACGGGGUGAGACUGUACGGGGUGAUGCUGCCUCAGUGUGGGGUGAGACUGUGACUCACCCUAGGAGACGGGUUGCCAUGGUGAUGCUCCUCUGGGGAGGAGAGCGUGAGGAGGAGCAGAGGGAGUCAGGGAUGGAGACCCUGCCGUGGUGAGGGAGAGGGGACUAGGGAUGGAUCGGUCGGUUCACCAAGAAGAAUCGUUCUUCGAGGUCUUCAUCGAGUCCUUCCUUCGUUCAGUCGCGUUUCCGGUAGCGGUGAGUCAUGGUGAGUCAGACUCAGCUCCUCCCUCGUUCUCAAACGAUCGUGCAAACGGUCAUCAAUCAACGCACAACCUUACAAUUAAGUUCCUUUCAGCUGAGGAGCGCUUCAUGUACGGAAUCGGGAUGUUGUUGCCCGGGCCGGACCCUCUUCACCGGUCUGCUACCCUAACACAGAGAACAGCGAGUCAGCGAGGGGGAGGCGAGUCUGGGAGGACCAACGGGAGAGACCAACGAGGGAGAACUGAAACGUGGAGUCGUUCCUUCGAACUCGCAGACGUCCCACCGCUGGAGGGAGCCCACCUGGGGACCGUGGAGGAGGAGGACGCAGGCCAGGGAGGAGGAGGGGCAGUGAAGGAGCGCGCUGGCUGGUCCGUGUCUGCGUCUAGGGUUACCCCCGGGCUCAUUGUCCAGGUGCCGCGCCUCUCAGGUGUCCUCUUCAAACGCCGACCACUUGGCAUCGCCACGGUUACGGAGACACACACAGGGCCCCCGGCCCCCGCCCCCCCCACCCCCCCCCCCCCCUCGCUCGGCUGUCUCCUUGGAUCUCCGGCCUGUAAACAAUCCUCGCUCACUGGCUGCGCUCCACACGCCACCCUCUGGGCUCCGCCGCCCCAAAGGCUUUCACCGCCUCUCGCUGGCUCCACGCUUGGAUAUUAUUAUGAUUUGUUUUUUCCCAUAGAGGUGUGCAUAAGUGUGUGUGUGUGUGUGUGUAUGUGUGUGUGUGUGUGUGUGUGUGUGUGUGUGUGUGUGUGUGUGUGUGUGUGUGUGUGUGUGUGUGUGUGUGUGUGUGUGUGUGUGUGUGUGUGUGUGUGUGCAUCUAUUUCAAAUGCAUUUGUCACACAGACCAGAAGUGAUCGGUGAUGAGUGAGUGAGUGAGUGAUGAGUGUAGCGUUCAAAUUAAUCAUAGUUUUCUGUCUUGACGUUCACCUCUGAUUCAUCCACAGUAGAUUGGAUUUAGUAGUUUACACACGCCCCUACAUUCCCGUAGAGGUGUGUGUAUGUAUGUGUGUGAGCAUCUAUUUCAAAUGCAUUUGUCACACAGACCUCAGAACAUAAAUGAGUGAGUGAGUGAGUGAGUGACAAUCAGCUCAAAAUAGUCUUAGUUUUUAUGUUUUUAUGGCUUAAUUAUGAAUCUGGUAGAUUAGUUAACUACGAUACAUACGGUAGCCAUCUUGUAUUGGCUGGUUUCCCUGUGGCUCAACCUAAUGUAGAAUAGGUGUAUUUGGUGGUGGAACAGUGACUCCAGGUUCAAGACGGAGUUAAUGAGGUGGGAGCGAGACGACCCGGAGCUCUGACUGUGUUUACCUCCCAUGGAGAGAGCGUGUUUACCCAGUCAACACGCGUACCUGGGGACUGAGUCCUGUGGCACAGAGCGAGAAUAUCUGGUAUACUAAUUGCAAUAGAGUAUUUAAACGAAGCUAACCAGAAGGGUAGAAAGCAGGCCUGUUCGUCACUGUUCGUGCUCUCCUGUUAGGACAGUUUUGGUUACAUAAAUGAGACACACUGGCAACCGUAGGGGCGCUUAUCGGUUUUAAUAUCGGCUUAUCUAAUCAGCAACUUGUCAAUAUGCAAUACUUAAAUAAUGUAUAUGCAUGUAUAUAUAAUACAUCGACAAGCUAACAUCCUGUCAUUGCCGCACACAUUGAAAAGCCAUGUUGUA